GUGUGUUGGUUCUUUUUGAAGAUCGCGCCUAAAGUGGGCUUGGAGGUUCCGAGCGAGCGAUGAGCCACAGGAAGGCAGCGGGCCGAGCGGCAGGGAGAGCCCGGGCCAGCGGGGUCGGCGGAGGGCUGUCCGGGAAAGCCGGCGGCUCGGGCAGUACGGCUGACGGGCCGAAAGGCCAGGCUGGGGGAGGGGGUGAGGAGGUGGGUGCAAGGGAGUGCAGCAACCCCGGGGGGCGCCGCCGAAAGGACAGCGAGAGCCCCGGGGGGAGAGGAAGCAGGAAUAAACCGGGGGCGGCGAGGCCGGGCCGCGGGGGGAAGCGGAGGGCUGCUGCCAGGGAUAGUAGCGAUAGCGGGGGCCGAAGGGUCACGGCGGUGGGAGCCGAGGACCUGAACAAAGCGCUGAGGGGUGUAGUAGAAAAGCUGAAGAUCAGGUCGGUACAGAAAUCCCGAGCAUCGAGGCAGGUGAAUGAGGUGGUGGACCGCUUACUCCGAUACAUCAGGAAGGAAUCUGGAGGCUGUUUCUCUGAUGUGACAAAGUUGGCCAGUGGCAGCUACUACGAAAACGUGAAGAUUUCAGAACCAAAUGAAUUUGACAUAAUGAUCGUCAUCCCUAUUAAAAGAAUUCAGUUUCUGGAAGUGGACACUGAAGGUGCUUUCUACCAAGUGACAUUUAAGAGAAAGCCGGGUGCAAACCCCCUCAGUCAGUUUGUUUGCAAUGACACACUGUCUGCUGAAGAAAUGAUCUGUCACCUCAGGAAACUCAUCAAAGAAGGGGUGAAAACUCUGACAGAAUACAACAUAAAAUUGGAAAGGAGAAAGCCAGGAUGUCCUGCUGUGACCCUUCAGAUUGAGGACAAGGAAUAUGGGCCAAUCUCCCUGGACAUGGUUUUAGCCCUGGAGGUUCAUUCACAGAGCUGGCCAGGGAGCACCACCAAAGGUCUAAAGAUUGAAGGCUGGCUGGGAAAGAAAGUCAGGAAAGAAUUCAGGAUGAAGCCUUUUUAUCUUGUACCAAAGCAUCCACUUAACCUGGCAGAAGGAGCAUGCAAUCAAUCACAGAAAGAAAUGUGGCGGAUUUCAUUCUCACAUAUUGAAAAGAUGAUGCUCCUGAACCAUGGCAGCUUAAAGACGUGCUGUGAAAGUGAAUCAUCUAAAUGUUGCAGGAAGCCCUGUCUGAAACUUUUGAAAAACCUCAUCCAAAAACUUAAGGAGAAGAAUCCUCGCAUUCUGGCGAAUGUUGUUUCAUACCAUGCAAAAACAACGCUGCUGCACGCAUGUGUCAAAAGACCUCAAGAUGAACAGUGGUCCUUUGAAGAACUUGACACCUGCUUUCUUCAGCUGGUGGACGACUUCAUUGAAUACCUUAAGGCAUCCAACCUUCCUCAUUUUUUCAUUCCCACAUUCAAUCUCUUUAACCCUUCCUCAUUUAAGUCAAAAUGCAGGGAAACUCUGUUGCGUCUAAUUGAAAGCGAGAGAAAGAAUAACUUCCAAAUCUUGUCACGGUCCCGGUAAUUGCGUAACAGUCACUGAUGAUUCAAGUUUGGGAGAAACACAGAUAGCAGAAGUUGAGAAGUUUGGUUUAAAAACAGCCCCUGGAAUCCUGAACUAAAUGCAUGCCAAAUAGAACACAUAGGCAAGGAAAUUAUGUUGAACGUUUGUAAAAGACAGGUUACACUUCCAGCUGGAGAACUACGUUGAUCUUAGCAAUUGUGCAGAGAAGAUUUACAAGAAUAGCGUUUCAGAUGAGGGACACAAGUUGUGCAGAGAAACUGAACAAGGUGGGAUUAUUCUCGCAAUAGCAGAGUAGGUCAUGGGAACAUCGCAACAAGGUUUCUGAUUCAGGAGAUAUUGAGACUGACAGCACAGAUAGUAAUCAGAGGGGGACAGAUUGAAGGUCUUUGGCAAAAGAAGCAGGGAGGUGUAUUAUAUUCUAUCACAAUUAGUUGAUGUGAGAUAUGCUGAGUGGUGUUGGAAGCAGCUUCAAUAGUUGAAACUAUUCAACGUUCAACACGUAGUUACUUGGAAAGGUGAAAUUUAUCAGACUACUGUGAAAGAGCAGGGGAAAGAAACAACAUGGGCACAAUGUGCUGAAUAACCUCUUUUUGUGCUACAAGUCAUUCUAUGAAAAUAAGAACCUGAUGGAUUUGUGCAAUAGAUUUUGUUCUCAUUUUAAUGCUGGUUAAUUUACUGGGAUCAAAAAGUCUGCAAACCAGUGAAUUUAACACAAUGACAAGCAAGUUCAAGCAUAACAGUGGAGCAGGACCUUCAGACAUUUUUUAAGAAGAGCCUGAUCUUGUUUUAGCAGCUAAAUUUGUCUGUUCAUUUUUGAAAUUUUAAAUCUUAAGGUUACAUGUACACACAUGGUUAGCUGACUGGUCAGACAACUGGUUUGUAAUGCACACUGAUGCCAACUGCUUCAAUUCUCACACAGGCUGAGGUGACAAUGAAAGCCCACCUUGUCAACCUCACCCCCCAUCUGAACCAUGGUGACCCUCAGGUUAAAUCACCAUCAGUUGUUUCUUUUUAAUGAGCGUGUAGUUCUCUGGGACUAUGGUGACUUUAAUGUUUUUAUGGCCAACAGAACCAUCACUGAGUGUAAUAUUAGUGUGACUAGUUCACAACAGCCAAUUCUGAAUACAAAUUAUGGACCAAAGGUAUUAUAACAGAAAUGUACAAAAAUAAGGACAUUGCUGCUUGUCUUUUGACAGUGAUGUCCAUUCAGGGUUAUAGGUUUCUACUGUGAUGGACCAGGCUGACGCUCACGGGCACAUGAAAGCAGGGCAUUCUAUACAGCAGUCACACCUGGAAUACAGAAUGUGUUUCCAUUUGGCCUUAUCACUAAGGACCUAAAGUGUGGUGUAGCUCAUAGGACAGGCUGUUGCCAUCUUUAAUGACUGGAAGCAAUCUCUUCCCAGUCAUAAAUGUCAAAUGCCAUCAGGCCUCAGUGUCUUUGCAGCGUUUUCUUUGUCUUCCCCUGGAAUAUUGCCAUUUGAGAAAAUAUACCCUGGUGAUGCCCGUUAGGCGUCCAGGCAGUGAUUGAUUUUGCAGGCAUUUUGAAUGUUUGUAGAGCUGGCUUCAAGAAUGAUGCAAAUCUUGUUUAGUUUUUCAUCACACUAUUCUAUUACCUACUCUCAUUACAUUUUAUUGGGAUAAUGCAAAUUCUUAUCUCGACGGCUUUGAAGCAAAUAUCCAAGUUUCCUGAGCUACCUCCAAGAACCACAGAAAAAGGACUUGCUGCUUUCUAUUGGUUGCACUGAAUGUAUCACGUUUAGCUUUAAAUAAAAUAAACCAGGAAUAGUAUCUGAAAAACAAUAUUAUUGUAAAAAUAGAUUCACCAAAAUAUGCUUUUAUACUUUUUAUUUGCUAAUAUAAGCUACAGAACCAAAGGAGCAAGGAUCCACCAUCACUUCUGUUACAAAUUUGGCACUUUGUUCACAUCAACUUAAGAUUUCAACCCUAAAUUGUUUAACAUUUAUA